AUGGCCAGGAAGGUCCUAGCGGUCCUGCUGCCGCUGCUGCUUUGCCUGGCUGGCCUCACGGGGCUUCUGCUGCUCUGCAUCCCCACCAGGGACGUCCGGGAGCCUCCUGCCUUUAAGUAUGGCAUUGUCCUGGAUGCUGGAUCUUCGCACACAUCUAUGUUUAUCUACAAGUGGCCAGCUGACAAGGAGAAUGACACAGGCAUCGUGAGCCAGCAUAGCAUGUGUAAUGUACACGGUGGUGGUAUCUCCAGUUAUGCAGAGGAUCCCCCUGGGGCAGGCCGAAGCUUGGUGGACUGUCUCAACCAAGCCAUUGAAGAUGUGCCCAAGGAGAGACACUCUGUCACUCCCCUCUACCUGGGUGCCACUGCAGGCAUGAGACUACUGAACCUGACCAGUCCAGCUGCUUCAGACAGUGUCCUUUCAUCAGUGACUGAGACGUUAACCCAAUACCCCUUUGACUUCCGAGGGGCUCGGAUUCUGUCUGGCCAGGAUGAGGGAGUUUUUGGCUGGAUCACUGCCAACUAUCUCUUGGAGAAUUUCAUCAAGUAUGGCUGGAUAGGGCAGUGGAUCCGACCAAGGAAGGGGACAGUGGGGGCCAUGGACCUAGGUGGAGCAUCUACACAGAUCACCUUUGAGACAGACAGACAAAUUGAGGACCCUGCCAAUGAGGUCAAGUUGCAGCUCUAUGGCCAGAGUUACAGAGUCUACACCCACAGCUUCCUGUGCUAUGGUAGAGACCAAAUCCUUAAGAGGUUGCUGGCUGGUGUGCUUCAGAGAUAUAACUCACAUCCCUGCUGGCCCAAAGGCUAUCAGACCAAAGUCCUCUUGAAGGAUGUAUACACAUCACCAUGUACUUCAGCCCUGAGACCUCAGCACUAUGAUGACAAUGCCAAGACAACCCUUUCUGGGAGUGGUGAUCCUAUCCUCUGCCAGCAGCUUGUUUCAGAUCUUUUCAACUUCUCAUCCUGCUCUUUCUCCAGAUGUUCCUUCAACAGCAUUUUCCAGCCUCCUGUAGCUGGGAACUUUAUUGCCUUCUCUGCCUUCUACUACACUGUGGACUUCCUUCAGAAGAUGAUGAAGCUGCCUGUGACUUCUCCAGUGGAGCUGGGGGCUGCAACUAAGGCUCUUUGCAAUGAGUCAUGGGAAAAGCUGUUGGAGCGAGAUCCCAAGGAGCAGGCCCGCCUAGCAGAUUACUGUGCCUGUGCUACUUUUGUAUCCCAGCUCCUUGUUCAAGGCUACAAAUUUGAUGAAGAUACUUUCCCCAGUAUUGCUUUCCAGAAGAAGGCAGGAGACACAUCUAUUGGCUGGGCACUAGGUUACAUGCUGAACCUGACCAACAUGAUUCCACCUGACCAGCGGAACUUCUACAAGAGCACAGACUAUGGUUCUUGGGUGGUCUUAAUUCUGCUUUUCAUCAUGGUCAUUCUUGUUGCUUUGGCCAUGCUUUUUUGCUUUGCUCAUUCUUUCAAGUCACAGACUGCCAUCUAAGUUAGGUGCCUGACUGCGAUGGGUCAGGGACAGCCCUGACCUCUCUAUUGCCCCCAGCCCUGCUGUCCCCUCCAACUCUUCUAGAAGCAGCAGGACUGUCUCCUUUCUCAGUGUAGGCUUUAUCAGAAAGGACAUUUCACUGCCUCCUUCCUGGCAUUUGGAGGUGGGGUGGUGCUAUUUGAUGGAUUGUGGGGAAGGAAGAGACUAGAGCAGAGGAAUAAUUUUUGUAACUUGGUUUUCCCUUCCUCAGCUUGGGCAAAUCUCUUCCUAUUACUGGUUGCUUCCUUGAGGAGGUUGUACUGAAUGAAAAGCAAAGUCUGGCAGAGAUGCUGACAAUAAUUCUCACCAAAUCUAGCCUAAGGCUUCUAGAGCUGGAGAUCCCAGCAACCAGAUUGUUCCCAAACCUUAGUCCACACAUCUAUUUGUGAGCAGGUAUUUGUAUGACCUGCCAAUACUAUAAACGUGGGGCAACUUGGCUUCCAAGAAGGCUUUGGAGAGGACAUAGCCAGAACCCAGAUUUGGUAAUUAGUUAGAAGCCCCAGAUCUGAUCUGCAAGUCAUGGAGUGGCAGAGAUCCAGGCUUUAGCCCCAGUUUUCUGACCGAUAGUCCGGCUUAAACUCCAGACCCCUUCUGUCCCCCUCUUCCAUAUCGGUCUUACUUGAAUCAGACCCUUCCUUUACUGUGGCUCCUGGUAUUCAGGGAUAAGGAUAUUGACUGAGCUAUUCAGGUAAGCCUAUCCUAUGGGGUAGGGAUGGGUUCUGAUCUCUCCAUGGAGGACAUUAGCCCUGUGAAGAGAGGCUGGUAAGACUUGAUUAACGGAGAGCCUUGGGGAUGGGGAGUAGAGAUUAGGCUCAGUGGAGGGGGUUGGGGGAGAUCAUGGAGAUCACUGUCCUAAUUUCAAACCCCAGAGCUGCCCAGCAUGCAUAUGGUUCUCACUGUGGUGCUCGUACAACUUGGGGAGGGGGGAAUUGGAGGAGAGAGAGACUUGCUGUUUGCAUCUCUCUAUGCCUGCCCUGGGAGAUCCAUGGAUGCAUUCAUCACUUGUAUUAAAAAAAAAAAGUUUGUAAUAAAAUGUAUCCUGGAUAACUA